AUGAUCAUGCGUCCAAUGGCGCUCCUAAGCCAACGUCGAGCCGGUCUUGCUUCUCAUUUUGCUAUAAUCAUAUGUUACUUUUGUGUAUUGCAGUCUACAACUUCUCAUGAAAUUUCAUCUGGUUAUUAUUUGAUUUGCCGCGACACAAACACGCAGCUAUGUGUUACUUGGCUAAUCCAAUACUCCCAAGCUAUGAAGUUGGCUACAGAAUUGAGUACAAAGAAAGUAUCAACAGAUGUUUGUGGAUUCAGCCAAUUGAAGCCUAUGGGGCAAAAUCGGUCAUACGUAGAGGUAUACCCGAUUGACGAAAGUAAGCCGGUUAUGCGCUGUCCUAUAAAAAGUUUGGUGGUGAAGUACAACAAAGAUCUGCUUAAUUUGAAGAGCAUACAUGAAAUACACAGAGUCCGUCGUCAAAUUCCCUACGCAUUACGAGGACGUUACAGGGGACAGACCCAAUCUCAGUAUCUGGCCAUAGACCAUGGAAACGGAAAAGAUGAUGGAAAAGCCGAAGCGCAAUCAGCUGCUGACUCCUCUAGAGCUAGCGUCAGUGGAACGAGCGGAAUGGGUCAAGCACAAAGUCAAUCCAUGUAUGACCCGACCUGCGAUGACUGUGUCGGCCGAUCUACUGGCAUCGAUACCUCAAAACAAAAACCGUUGGGAGAUUCUCACGGCGGCAUUCCAUCAGGAUUACCUUCAGGAGCGAUCGGCACACCAGGAAACAAUUUACCCUUUGAUCCAACAGGGGGAAGUCGAUUAACAGGAAAUGGAGGUUACGGGCCUAAUGAAAAUGGCGAACGUUAUGGUCCUGGAAGUACUGGAAUCAAUGGUGCUUAUAGACCACCGGGCGCUGGAGGAACUUAUGGUCCUAAUCAAAUUGGGAACGGAGCUUUUAAUCCAGCUCUAAAUGGUAUUCCAGGUAUUCGUGUACAGGGACCAAAUACAGGUUAUGGAAUAAGCCCUGGGGGUGGUUACACCGGAUCAUCUCCUGGGUUGGGUAAUCAGUAUUUGCCACCUUCAACUAGUACUAAUUACGAACCAGUAAAAGGCAGCUAUGGUCCAAGGCAAAAUGUUCCUGAUGGGUCUAUAAAUGGCUACCUUCCUGUACCUAGUGGUAGUAAUGUAUACGGGCCAAAUCCUAACUCUGGCUCUGGUCACGGAAUCGUUUCCAAUAUACCAGGAGGUGGCUAUGGUCAAAAUGGAAACUACGGACCCAACCAAAAUGGAAAUAUGCCUUAUGGUACAAACCAAGUCCCUUCACAAGGUACGAAAACGCCUGCUCAUGGAGGAGGUCCAAGUGGGAUCAAUACGGGGUUAAGUUGGCCAUCCACAGGAACAUUUACACGUCCGGGAUCUCAGAAUACACCUAAUGGACCAAGUUCUCAAGGCAACGCAAACGAACCUCAUAAUUUACUAGCCCCUAAUGCUGUUUACGGACCUGGUGGCAAUAGACCAUAUCAAACGGAUGGCCAAAGUAACUACCAAACAAAACCAAAUAACGCGUACGGAACUACUGGUGGAUACACUCCUGGAUCGAAUGGUGGGUUAGGGUAUCAUCCUGGAAGUCAAGGUAAUCAGGGUGGGUCUUACCCGGGUUCGACAAAUACUCAACAAGGACCUGCAGGUCCGUUUAAUCCAGCUGACAUAGGUACUAACAAUAAUGCAAACAAAUAUGGUCAGUUAAAUCCAAAUAAUCAGAACGGCCUACAAAGUCCCGGUACUUACAGCCCUACGAGUACCGGACAAAACCACAUGCCUGGAGUUAUCGGUAGCCAAAAUGGCCUACAAGGACCUGGAGGACAGUAUGCGCCUACAAAUACCGAUGGGCAAAUACCUGGAGUCCAAUAUAAUCCUGGGAGCACAGUAGGUCAUAAUGGCUUGCCUAUUCCUGGAGGUCUGUAUAAUUCUGGAAUUGGAGGAGGUCCAAACAGUUUUCCUGGAACUCCAGGACAGUACCAACCUGGAUCCACAGAUGGUCAUAAUAUUGUAACAGGCCCUGGAGUUCAAUACAGACCAGAUAUCGUUAGUGGUCAAAACGGCUUACAAGGUCCCGGUAGUCAAUAUGGAGGUGGUCAAAGUAGGAAUCAAGAGCCCGGAGGUCAAUAUGCUCCUGGAAAUCAAAACAUUAUGCAAAGGCCAAGUGGACAGUAUGGACCCGAUAGUGCUGUUGGACAAGGUAUUCAAGAACCAGGAAAUAUGUAUGAUUCUAGACCAAAUAAUCAAAGUCCUCAAUAUGGACCUGGAAUCGGAAUCGGUCCGAACGGAUUACAAGGGCCAACUGGUCAGUAUAGGCCUGGAUCUUCCGGAGGUCAAAAUGUUGUAUCAGGCCCUGGAGGACAAUAUGGUAGUUCUGGAACUCAAUAUGGUCCAGGUGGUCAAAAUGGAAUUCAAGGUCCUAGUAGUCAAUAUGGUCCAGGUGGUCAAAACGGAAUUCAAGUUCCUGGAACUCAAUAUGGUCCAGGGGGACAAAAUGGAAUACAAGUUCCCGGAACUGAGUAUGGUCCAGGAGGUCAAAGAGGAAUCCAAGGUCCUGGAACUCUGUAUGGUCCUAAUGGACAAAAUGGAAUCCAAAGUCCAGGAACUCAGUAUGGUCCAGGGGGACAAAUAGGAAUUCAAGCACCUGGAACUCAAUAUGGACCAGGUGAGCAAAAUGGAAUCCAAAGUCCUGGAACUAAGACUGGUCCAGAAGGACAACUUGGAAACCAAGGGCCAGGGACACAGUAUGGUCCAGGUGGACAAUAUGGAAUCCAAGGGCCAGGAAAUCAGUAUGUCCCCGGCGGACAAGGUGGAAUCCAAGCUCCUGUAAGUCAAUAUGAUAAUGUUCAAGGUGGAAUUCGAGGACCAGGAACUCAGUAUGGUCCAAGCGGACAAAGUGGCCUUCAAGGGCCCGGAGGCCAAAAUGGCAUACAAUAUCCAGGAGGAAGUUAUGGCACCGGCGUCCAAAGUGGUUUGCAGAAACCAGGUGGCGUUUAUGGUUCUGGGUUAAAUGGAAUCCAAAACAAUGGCGUACCUGGAACGGGUGAUAAUUAUGUUCCUGGAGGCCAAAGUAAUGUGCCAGGUGGUUACGGCAUCUCUAAUAGACCUUUUAAUCUUGAUGGUACUGGGAGUCAACAAGGUCCAUAUAACCCAUCAUUACCAGGACAAAAUGGACCAUAUGGGACUAAUAUGGUAGGUCAAGGAUCAGGUUCAAUUAGUCCUGGCACUACUGGCUUAGGGAACACAGGUAAUCAAAAUGGACAGUACGGACCUAGUGCUGGACCUUACCCUAACCAAUAUGGUAAUGACUUAUCCAACACGGGAGGUGGUUCUGGACAGUAUGCCAAUGUUCCUUAUGGAUACGGUAAUAAUCAAGCUGGUGCACCACAGAAUGUUGUCGAUCCAAAUUCAGCUCUUUUGAUAGAUGGUGACGAUUCUGCAGCUGAAGCUAGCGUUUCUCAAGCUUCAAACGGUACAACGGCUAUAGCUUCCUCAAAAGGAGGAAAUGAUAAAGGACGUGCUCAAACACAUGUGCAAGGAGCUUAUACUGGCGGUGGCUCAUUUUCUGCUCAAGCCGAAAUUAGUGGUGAGAAUAAAGCAGCUAAUAGCGAAGUAACUGGUGACAAAAAAGGAGCUUCUAGUAAUGCUCAAGGAAGUGGACGUAAUAAUAAAUCACAAGCUAAUGUUCAAUUAGGAUCCGAGACAGGUUCCAUCUUGACUGGUUCGCAAAGCGAAGGAGUGAUGCAUUCUUCCAAUACACAAGUACAGGGUAGCUUGAAAGGUGGCAUGGCGGACGCUCAAGCUCGUGGUCCAGGUAGCACUUCGUCUCAAGCUCAGAUUGGUUUUACACCGUAUACACAUGGAGAUGCAUCUCAUGAUGUACAAAAAUCUCCAUUUGUGGGCGGGGGAACUGCAGCUGCACAAUCAAGUGGUCGAACGGGCUCCUCACAAUCACAAUUACGUGGAACAUUUAAAUAUGGAAUUACUUAUAACGGAGGAGCUCAAGCAGGUGCCAGCUUAGACAAAGACACAGUCUUUUCUAAUAGACUUCCAUUUGAUAAAAUUGAUGUUUAUGAUGAAAAAAACAAAAAUAUUAACAUCGAGACGACGGAGAAAUCAUUAGACUUGUUACCUACUGAAUCGACUGAAAUCCCACUAACUACGGAACACUUGAGCUAUGAUAUUCCUUCAACUACACCGUUGGAUAUCAGUGCAAACACGGAAAAAAUAGAUCCAGUAUAUUCUGAAAAUAACGACGAAUAUGGGUCACAUUCUCACUCUGAUCAUCACAAAACUGAAUUUGCGGCAUCUACACCAACUCGUUCACCUCCCGUUGAAAGUAGACGCUCUUUUCAGUCCGCUUAUGGCACUAAUAGUGGAGAUUAUGAUUAUACCACUGAUAAAGAAGAAAACCAACCUGAGGAAUAUGAUAUGGAUGACGGGUUUGCACCUGAAGGUACAGACACAAGUGAUAACGAUCAAGGAGAAUUUGCAAAUUAUAAUGAAUUUUCUAGAGACUCAGAAACGCACCAAUCUCUUCAUUCGCCGAAGCGAAAAGGCCUGGAAGUAAGGCAAACAACAGGCGGCAACACGCAACAUAUUGUCUUGGGGGCACUUCGAGACCAAAAUGCAGAGAUUACACAGAGAAACUCUGAACGUCCUGAUGAGAGUAAAAUAUAUCAGCCUGGUGAGCGUGUACCAGGUACUGGCGGUUAUACAAUACCAGUUGGAUUCACAGGCAGCGUUAAAUCGGUUGCUUCCAAAGAUAAAACUUACGUAGUAGGGUCAAAAGAUUCACCAUCUCAAGCGCAGACUGUAUCCCUUACUCCUGGCUCUGGUAAAAUAAAAUAUACUUAUCCAACUACACACACCAGAAAUGUGAGUCCUAAAGAUUUGCGGUCACUUUACAAUGUUAAACCAGAUGAUAAUAAUCGAUACGUAUCUGUUUCAAAAUCAGUAACACGCGAUUUAGACAGUGAUAAUAAUAUAAGGAAACAAUAUUCACACACCUACUAUACAAAAUCGUCAUCUUGUGGAUAUUUUACUUUUACUUGUAAUAUGGUGAGUGGUGCUGAAGGCAAAAAAAAGGUUUGUAAGCCAAAAAUUCCAACAAAUCCUGAUGGAACUCCUAUGAGAUGUUAAGUUCAACAGAAUUUUAACACCUUGAUUUAAAAUUAAAAUAUUACGAACGAAAAGAUAUGUGUCUUUGUGAUUAAAUUUGUAUAAAAUUAAUUUAAAACAAUGUAGAUUAAUGUAAUUUA